GCUGUGCCGUUUCUCUACUUUUUAAAGUCAUUCACAGACAGUUUCUGGAGUUAUAUUGACAGUGAGUGGACUGAGCGUUGCGUCGUAACAGUCCACAGCUGUGAACGCUGUGACUUGUCCUCUGGUGGUCCAUAUCUGGGGUCGAUGUGCAGGAUGCUCCAGGAGUUCCCCUUGGUGGAGGACAGUUUCAGUCGCUUCCCGUCGCAAAGCAACAUUUACGGGCUCUGUCAGGCCGGAGAGCAGCAGCUGUUGGCAGCCACUCUUAAAGGAAAGGUGGUUUGUUUCAGAUACCAGGAGCUGCUACAGAAGAUGAGACCUGUGGCCAAAGAGGUCCAGUUCACCUACAUACCAGUUGAUGCUGAGAUUGUAUCGAUUGAUGCCUUCAAGAAGUCUCCUCCCAAAAGAGGUCUAGUAGUGGGCAUUACGUUUAUAAAGGACUCUGGUGAUAAAGCCACACCGUUCCUUAAUAUCUACUGUGACUAUGAGCCUGGUUCUGAGUUCAACCUGGAGUCCAUCGCUCAAAGUUGCCUCAACCUGGAGUUGCAGUUUACACCAUUCCAGCUGUACCACACAGAAGUGCAGUGUGAUGAAGGCAGGGAGACGGUGUUUCUGCUCAGCGGACACGACCAGAGAAUCCACCUCUACAAGGAGAAUGCUUCCCUCCACCAGUUUGAAGAACAACCAGUGGAGAAACUUUUCCCUGAAUUGGAACAACUACCCAGCAAUGUACUGUGGAUGGAUAUGUUGUGUAUAAGUGGUGGCCGCCGACUCUCAGCAUUUGGCUGCCAGAACGGCUGUGUUGGACUGGCUUUGGUCAACCAGACUGGACCAGUGGUUUUGCAGAGUUGGCGGGUCCAGUUUGACAGUCCAGUUUCCACAGUGCUGCUGUUUCCUCUGAGCCAAACUGGGGCUGCACAGUCUAGUGGAGAGAAAAGUGUGGAAUUGCAAGGCUUUAACCUUCUGGUAACCAGCACCAUAGAGAUGGCUGUUGUCUACAGAGAUAUCCAGGAGCAUGGCUUGUCUCACUCAAUGUACCUUUCGGAGAGUGAUCAGUGGGACGUAGUGUUAUGUGCUUUGGUCAUUGACCUGGAUUUUGACAAUCAGAAAGAGGUGCUUUUGGGAACAUAUGGACAGGAACUGCUUUGUUACAAAUUCUAUCCGGGUGGGAGUGGAGGUGAUGGGCAGUUUCAACUGCAGUGGAGGCAGAGCUUUAACAGUCCAUUGUUGUCCAUCACCUAUUUAGAUUUGACAGGUGAUGGCUUAAGAGAGUUGGCUGUCCUCACAUUAAAGGGACUGCAUAUUUUACAGCACAGUCUUACCAGCUGUGCUGAUUUUCUCCUUGAACAGCUCGCCCAGAGAGUGUCAGUGCUGAUGGGCAACUCUGAGAUGGAAUCAGUAAAACCUGUGGACACUGAGGAGGAGGAUGCUACUUUAAGGAAAAAAGACACACACACAGCUCAACCGCUGUCACUUUAGGGCAAAACAGCACAAUUUGUUUGCAUAUGUAAGUUAAAUGAACUGCAUUUAUAUAAUGCGGUUCCAUCUGAUGCACAUAUGCAGUGUACUUUACGAUGAUGCCUCUCAUUCGCUAUCUCUCUCUCUCACACGGACACACACAUUAAUGUCAUGGUGCUGCUAUGCAAGGCACUCAACUGCACCCCAGGAGCAACUUGGACAUUAAUGGCCUUGACAAAAGGACUUCAGAUUGUUUUCCAGUCUGAUGGGGAUUUGAACUCUGAUCACCACUAACCUCCAGACCAUCACCUCAUCACAGACCAUCAUGGUUAAGACUGAAGUGUUUAAUAAACAUGUAUGAAAAAAUGUGCACAAGGAGGAUAUUCUCGAUUUUUUUUUUUGUUUUUUUACUUUAAAUUACAUAGAGAGAAUGAGAUGUCACAUCCUCUAUCCAGGACAUGUAUGUAGUACGUUUCAUUGCCAGAGCCCAAUGUACAGCCCAAGCAGUAAUGAGCUGUCUUGUGACCUCGUACAGAGUGGAUGCAAUAAACAAUUUUAAAAAAGAAAACAAAGGAAAUGGGAUUACCACACAUUACAACAUACAAGUGCAUGUCAGAAAAUUAGAAUUUCAAGAAAAAGUUUUGUCAGGUAUUUCAGAAAAUGAAGUUUAUUCUACAGUCAUUACAAGUAAAUGCUUCAAGCAUUUUUUGUCAGAUUAAUAGUGAGAAUUAAAUCCUAUAGCUGCAAAAAUAAAUAAAUAAAUAAAGUAGAAAAUCUAUUUCAAAAUAUUACAAUAUUUCAGUACACACAACCACAAUCAUGGGUAAGAAUGCUGACUUGACAGUUGUCCAUAAGACACAUAUUGACUGACACCUUCCACAAGGAGCGUAAGUCAAAGAACGUCGUUACUGAAAGGGCUGGUUGUUUGCAGAGUGCUGUAUCAAAGCAUAUUCAUGGAAAGUUGACUGGAAGGGAAAGGUGGUUGGAAAAGAUGCACAAGCAACAGGGAUGACUGUAGCCUUGAGAAAAUUGUCAAACAAA